GAAGCCCGUCACCUGAAGUUACAGAUAACCGGAAAGUUCUUGGGUCAACAGUGCUUGAACAGAACUUGUACUACUCUACUUGAAUAUUUGUUUUUGCAGGAAUAUUUAUUGCUUGUUCGUAUUUAUAAACGUAUUUAUUUAAUCAACUGACAAGAUGGAAGCUUCUCAGAUCCGCCAGAAUUACCACCGCGACAGCGAAGCAGCAGUUAACCGGAUGGUUAAUAUGGAGCUCUUCGCAUCCUACACUUACAUGUCUAUGGCUCACUAUUUCGAGCGGGACGACGUGGCUCUCCCUGGAUUCGCGCACUUCUUCAAGGAGAACAGCAAGGAGGAGAGGGAGCACGCCGAGAAGCUGAUGUCCUUUCAGACCAAGAGAGGGGGACGCAUUUUCCUGCAGGACGUCAAGAAACCCGAGCGGGACGAGUGGAGCAGCGGUCUGGAGGCCAUGAAGUGCGCCCUGAAGCUGGAGAUGACCGUGAACCAGGCCCUGCUGGACCUGCACAAGAUGGCCGCCGACAAGACCGACCCCCACCUGUGCGACUUCCUGGAGACCCAUUACCUGAACGAGCAGGUGGAGACCAUGAAGAAGAUGGGCGACUACAUCACCAACCUCUCCAAGAUGGAGACCGCCGAAAACAAGCUGGCCGAGUACCUGUUCGACAAGCUGUCCCUGGGGAGCAGCUGAACCUCUCUGCUGGUUCAGCCCAAGUCCCUCUCAAUUCGUUUGGGGGUGAUGGCGGUGCUGCAUGCAUUCUUGCAUACAAUACACCCCCACCGACGUAUUUACAACAAAAAUGCAUUUGUCAGCCGUGAAAGCAGUCUUAUAAAAAUAAAAUAAAGUUCAUUGAAAAAAAUAUU